GGCGCACUGAGUGUAGCACGUCUCGUCUUUACUUAAUUCCAUAUUUACAUGGAUUAUGAUUAUCUUCCUUUUUUGAACACAUAUAUGUUGCGACCUAUUCCAAAAUUAUUAUUAGUCAGUAUUCGUACACCUUUUUAAUGGGCCAAAGCUUUGCGUGUUAACUAACUAGCUGCAGUUAGCUUUGUUAGUUAGCACGGGGGGACAUGCCAUGGAGAGCAUUCGGACUUUAUCGUCUUUUUUUCGGGUUCCUCGUCACUGGAACCACGUCAGACGGUGUUCAAACAGCACCAAGAGGACAGUCUUAGACCAGUUCAGGACUCGGGUGUCUUCUGGUCCCAGUUUUCAGGACUUCAUCACAAGAGCGUCCCAGAAACAGGCUGGGGACUCUGAGGACUCUGAAGCGGGAAACAACUCCAGCAAAGUCUACUUUGAGACCUACGGGUGUCAAAUGAACGUCAACGACACGGACAUCGCCUGGUCCAUUUUACAGAAGAACGGCUACAAACGGACCUCUGAGCUCCACCAGGCAGAUGUUGUCCUUCUGGUCACAUGCUCCAUAAGAGAGAAAGCUGAACAGACCAUUUGGAAUCGACUACAAGCUCUCACGGCCUUGAAGAAGAAGCGCUUAAAGACUCAAGCACCAGUGAAAAUUGGGAUUUUAGGUUGUAUGGCAGAGAGACUAAAGACGAAGCUUUUGGAGCGUGAGAAGCUGGUGGACAUUGUUGCCGGCCCAGACGCUUACCGAGACCUUCCCCGCCUCUUGACCGUGGCCCAAGGAGGUCAGCGGGCGAGCAACGUGCUGCUGUCGUUAGAGGAGACCUACGCUGACAUCAUGCCUGUGCACCGCACCCCCCAGGGGCACAGCGCCUUCAUCUCCAUCAUGCGAGGCUGCGACAACAUGUGCACGUACUGCAUCGUUCCCUUCACCCGCGGGAGGGAGCGGAGUCGACCUGUCAGCUCCAUUCUGGAGGAAGUCCGUUUGCUGUCCUACCAGGGAGUGAAGGAGGUGACCCUGCUGGGUCAGAACGUUAACAGUUACAGAGACACGUCUGAAGAACAGUUCUGUGGCUCAGACCCGACCAGGCUCAGCCGAGGCUUCACGACCGUCUACUGCAUCAAACAGGGGGGUCUGCGUUUCUCCGACCUGCUGGACAGAGUGUCGCUCAUCGAUCCCGAUAUGAGGAUCAGAUUCACUUCUCCACAUCCCAAAGACUUUCCUGAUGAGGUUUUGCAUCUGAUCGCAGAGAGAAACAAUAUUUGUAAGCACAUCCACCUUCCAGCCCAGAGCGGGAGCAGCCAGGUCCUGAAAGCCAUGCGCCGUGGUUACACGAGAGAGGUCUACCUUGAGCUUGUGGAGAACAUCAGGAGAAUUAUUCCAGGAGUGAGUCUCAGCAGCGACUUUAUCUCCGGCUUCUGCGGUGAGACAGAGGACGACCAUCAGCAGACGCUGUCGCUCAUCACGAACGUGGGCUACAGCCAGGGGUUCCUUUUUGCCUACAGCAUGAGAGAGAAAACUCACGCCUUCCAUCGGCUGCACGACGACGUGCCAGCAGAGGUGAAGCGGCGGCGGCUGGUGGAGUGCAUCGCCAGAUUCAGAGAAGUGGCUGCCAAGGUCAAUGCUGCGCUUGUUGGCAGCACGCAGCUCGUCCUAGUGGAGGGAGACAGUAAGCGAUCUGACAGAGACCUGUGUGGGAGAACGGAUGGCAACAUGAUGGUGAAUUUCUCCAGAGAAGCUCCAGCUGAUGAAUCCAACACUGUGAAGAUCAGCCCUGGAGACUAUGUGCUGGUGCAGAUUUUAUCAGCCAGCCCCCACAGCCUGAAAGGUCGGGUCCUGGCCAACAGCUCGCUGAGAGAUCAAGUGGAAACCCGUGAGGCGCCAUCCGUCUGCUGAGCUCUCACACAGCCGUGAUUGAAGUCUGAGCUCCACUCAAAGCAGGAACUAAUUCAGCAGUGAGGAAGAACUGAUGGUGAAUGUCCACGCCAGGCUUACCGUUCACUUUGGGAAUCACCACCGUUUUCAGGACCAUGUUGAAGACGGCGUCCAGGCGCGUGACCUGGGGACGGGUGGGCGUUAGUUUAAGUGGGUGCUGAUGCUGCAUGCUGACCAUUGAUUUCUGUUUGAACCACUAGGUGGCGGAUGCAGCCUGUGAGCUGUUGUUGGCAGCCGCCAUCUUGUUAGCGAUAUUCUGCGCCAUCAGGCGUUAGAUUAAAUAUGAUGCACUGCAGCAACAAGCUGACAGGAUUGUCAGCUUGUUAAAUAAAGGUUAAAUAAAAAAUAAACUGUGGAGUGAGUUUUCAUAAGUCUGUAUUAUUGAUGUGGGGAAAUUAAUAAAAUUGCUGAAUAAAGGUUAGAAAAUGAUUUU